AUGACUCCUGUUCACUUUGCUUUCUCUUCGGCUUUUAUAUUGGGCCUUACUGGCCUGGCCUUUCAUCGAACCCACCUGCUAUCCGCCCUCCUCUGCCUUGAAGGAAUAAUACUAUCUUUAUUUAUUGCCCUGUCUCUCUGAACCCUACAAUUAGACUCGACAAACUUCUCCGGGGCCCCCAUGCUUCUUCUGGCCUUCUCAGCUUGUGAAGCAAGCGCAGGUCUUGCCCUUCUAGUCGCUGCUGCACGAACACACGGGACAGACCACCUCCAAAACCUGAACCUGCUACAAUGCUAA